AUGUCUCAACAUAUUCGUCGUGUUCCUCCUCCUCCAACGAAUGAAAGUCGGUAAGAAUUAACGUUUUUUCUAUUGAAAUUAACCGUUCGAAAUGUAAUAUUUCAUAAAAAUGAUUUCAGACAACAUUCCUCUUCAUCGGACAUUGAGCAUGUUGACGAUUUGAGUUCGGAAGACAGACAAACCAGGAAAAGGGAGAACAAUGAAGUGGACCCCCGUCGCAGCUCUACUUCAGACGACGACGAAGUAUUCCGUCCAACUGUUCAUGACGUUGAAAUCAUAAGAGAAGAAGAAAUAAAACAUGAAGGGAGAAAAGUGACGAGCCCAAAGCCCUCGCAAUUGCGUAAUAGAAGAGUAUCAUAUGGAAAAAUACCAGUUCCACCGAUGGCUGUCACAGUGGACGAUAUUCGGGAAGCAGCACAAAUUGUAACAUUUUUCGGCUUGCAAAUUAACAUCCUGCUUUUUAGAGCCGAGAUGAACCAAUGGGUUUAGUGGAAGUCCGAAAGCCAGUGGAUCCACGUCGAUCGUCAGUUAGUCUGGAUGUAUUCAAGAACUUUCGAGAUCCUCAUGAUAGAAAGAACCUGCCGGCAAAGGAUAAAACGGUUUAUGUUGAAGGACCAGGUACUUUUGCUGUUUUUCUGAUAUCUGAUUCCGCUCCUCUUCUAUCGAUUCCCUUUUGCAGGCGGGAAGUUUCGUGAGAUGAAAAAAGGAAGAUUCUGGGGAAGAAAAACGUUUGACGAACCCAAACCAGACAAGAAACAAGACGACGAAGAUUCGGUGAUACCGUACUUGCUCAGAGCGCCAGGGCAAGCAUUCCGCUUUCAAAGAAUCUACAAUCAAAUUGCCAACAUUAUUCAAGGAUUUCUCGCCGGAAUUUCAGUCAUGCUCACCAUUUUUGCAUUCAACCUCGAGCCAGAUGUCAGUUUAGAUAAAGUUAUGAGUUUCUGCUGAGACAUCUUAAAUUCUAGGUGCUGCUCAGCGGCUAUCGGUACAUGAGUCUUCCAGUUCAUGCCGGUUUUAUGCUGGGAUUCAGUGUUGGGCUAACUUCGGCGUUGGACAGGUAUUUCUCUUUCUAAAUCAUGAAUUAACUGUGUUUCUUUGAACAAUUACAGGACUGGUGUCUACAUGGUAGAGCAUUUUACUUCAAAAGAGCGCCUUAAAGCCACAGUCUACAACAACGGACUCUUCACCACGAUUGUCUGGGCACUCGGCCUCAUUGCUUCCCUUUUAUGCAUCCAACUCGAAAGCCAACUUGUUUUUGCUGUAAGGAUCAAUCAUAUUUCGGACCGUUCCGUUGAUUCGAGCAUUUUCAGCCAGAAGAAGUACCAUCUGAUUCGUUAGUCAGCAGCUGGCGGACCUUCAACGUUUUCCGAGCGAUAGCUGCUUCAUUAGGGUUCCUCUUACUCGCUUUCAAACCAGAUUCGGAUACUAUUGCAAAAGAGAUCAAAGAGUACGCGGUAGCAUAAUCAUAUGUGAGAAAGAGCUGUUCAAUUUCAGAGGCAUUUACGCGGAGUUGGAAUUGUCGACCACCGACGAGGAACAGAAGAAUAUCAUAUUGGUGGCAAUGAAGAUGAAGGAAAAGUGA